UGUGCUAAUGUAAAUAUCAAAUUGAUAAUCUAUAAUAUUUUAAUUAAUUGUUCAAAGUAAAUAACUGAUGAGAAAUGGGACGGCUGGCUGAGGUAGCUAGUGAACACUCGUCUGAACAAAACAAGACUUUUGUGUUUAUGAAUGAAGGUUACACCUUAGGAAACGCUUUGGUGACUGUAAUUUCACAAAAUCCUGAUGUGGAGUUUUGUGCUUGUUUCGUCAAUCACCCGGCCGAGGGAAAUAUUUAUUUGAGAAUUCAAGCAAAGAAGGGAAAAGCUGUUGAUAUACUAAGGAAAGGAUUACAAGACUUUGAAAAAAUUUGUGACUACACUUUAGAAACUUUCAAUAGUGCUUCUGAACAAUUUAAAAGUUCCAAAGAUACAUCUGUUGAUAGCACGUGAUGUUAUUGUUACAUUUACUACUUUUUUUUACUACAUCAAUAAUAAAUAUAUUACUUUACAUAUAAAUUAUUACCUUUGCUACAAAGCAUGAAAGAUGGAUAUCUCAGGGAAGAUAAAAGCAUGAACAAGGAAAAUAAAUAAAACUACAAUUAGAUAGA